AUGAUCUCAUCUUUUCAUCUAGUUCUCAUUAUUGCAUCAUGUCUCUUAAUUACCCAUGCCUAUAUGGACAGACAAUAUGUACCAUUGAACGACUUGGAUGUGUAUGCAAUACAAAAUUAUGGUUUAAAUGAUGAUCGAACCAUUGUUGCACGACGCGCUGCUCAUUUUAUCUUUCCACCAGCGGCUCUCGUGUCAUCCUCAUCAUUUAAUCGAGCAAAUGAUUUUCGAGAUAUUUUUCCAAAUAAACGACAAUCAUUUGGACGAAAAAACCAUUGGGAUGCAUUUUUUGGGCGACGUCGUUAG